AUGAGCGUGGUACCACCAGAGAACACCGACCGACUCGAGCACGAGAAGCAGCACGAUGCUGAGCUCCGCCAUGACAAAGAGAUGCUGGAGCAUCGAGAGCAUGCUCACACUGAAGACGAGAAGAAUCGAGCCAAAGAGGAAUUGAAUGCGGCAAAUGGAUCUUCCUCUGAACCCAGCAGCGAAAUCACACCAGAGUAUCAAACCAAGACAGUAUGGACGUUGAAGACAUUCGUCGCCACGCUUGCACUCAGUGGGCUCUACGUCGGCUCCCAAAUUCCCCUUUACUUCGUCGGCGGCUCCCUUUCGUUCAUCGCAGCAGACAUUGGUGGUGCCGAGGCGUCCGCCUGGUUAUCGGUGUCCUACGCUCUUGCCCUCUCUGCCGUCGCUCCUUUCUGCGGAUAUCUGCAAGAUCUCCUAGGUCGCCGCAUCAUCACCCUGGGAGGUGGUGUCUCGCUGAUGAUGGGUUGUGUCAUCCUCGGCACCGCGCACAAGUUUGGACAAGGGAUUGUCGGCAUGGCAUUCGCUGGCGCCGGCGCCGCAAUUGGUGAAUUGACUGCUCUUGCUGGGACUUCUGAGCUAGUACCUGUCAACAAACGAGGCAUCUAUCUUGCGCUCGUCACAGCCUUUGUGCUCCCGUUCACUCCAUAUCUGAUGUACGCUCAGCUCCUGUCGACCUAUCACACUUGGAGAUGGGGCAUGUGGAUUUGCUUGAUGUGGAACGGUCUCUGGUGGGUUAUCUUGUUCGUGGUGUAUUUCCCAGAGUCCCAGACCCGAGCAAAAGGCAUGGAAGCUCGAGCGAUUCUGAAGAGGAUCGACUACGUUGGCGGAGUGCUGUCCAUUAUGGGUCUGACUCUUGUGCUGGUCGCUCUCCAAGCUGGAGGCUACUCUCACUCCUGGAAGAGCGCCUUUGUUAUCGCCCAACUGAUCAUUGGCGUUUUCCUCAUCGCCGCCUUCGUUGUUUGGGAAUGGAAGAUCUGCAAGGAUCCUAUGGUGCCUCACGAGAUGUUUUCGGGACAAAGAAUUGUUGCUAUGGCGUACGGAAUCGCUUUUAUUGCAGGCAUGAAUUUCUACGCUAUGCUCAAUUUCUUCCCUCUGGUGUAUAGCACCGUCUUUGACCCUAAUCCGGUCCAUGUCGGUCUUCGAGGCCUUGCUCCCGGGUUGUCUACCACCUUCGGUGCGGUGAUUGCGAAUGCCGCGUUGUCUUGGUUCAAGGGACAUAACCGGGAGAUCCUCUUAGCUGGUUGUAUCGUCAUGACGGCAUUCGGCGGCUCUCUCGCGGCCAUCACUCCCGACCGUGAAGGCCUCGCGAUUGGUCUAGGAACAAUUACUGGCUUCGGGGUCGGCGCUGUCCUUGUGCCGGCGGCCACCGUUGCCAUCACAGUGACACCCGACACUUCGAUCGCCACCUGUGUCGCGCUCUCGCUCACGAUCCGCGCCGUCGGCGGCAGUAUCGGAUACGCUAUCUACUACAACGUCUUCAUCAACAAACUCACACCCAACCUCAUCAAGUAUGUCGGGCAGUACGCCGUCGCCGCGGGCCUCCCGCUCUCGUCCGCCCCGGAAUUCGUCGAGACCUUCCUGACCGCGCCCGCCAACAUUACAAGCGUCCCGGGCGUCACCGCGAAGAUUAUCCAGGGUGGCACCAUCGGGUCUCGCUGGGCUUACUCCGAGUCGCUCAAGUACGUGUGGCUGACCAGCAUCUCGUUCGGCGGGUGUGCUAUUAUCGCGUGCUUGUUCAUCGGCAACAUUACAAAGUACAUGACCAACCGGGUCGCCGCGAGGAUCAGGGAAUGA